AUGGAUAUGAUGGUAUCAACGUUACAGCAGCAGCGGGCUGUAACUGAGCAGCUCCGCAGAGAAGCAGCAAUAAAGAGAAUCCCGGUAUCUGUAGCAGUUUCAGAUAUCAUCAAGUAUAUCAAUGAACACGAGCAAGAAGAUUGCCUUUUGGUUGGGUUUUCGAGUCAGAAAGUAAAUCCAUUCCGUGAAAAAAGUUCAUGUACUGUCCUUUAAAUGAUCUUUACCUCUAAUAUAUUUGGAGUCACCUGUAAUGGAAACUUCUCUAGUUACUAAUUUAUUAUUAACGUUUAGAUUAUUUCUGUUUCCAUGAUUAAUAUAUCCGAUUUCGCAUUUUAUUGUUAAUUAAAAUGUUCAUGGAUUGUGUUUUGAUGUUUGUAUUAAAUUUUGAUGUAUUAAAAAAUAAAUAAAGAAAUUAUGCAA